AUGUCUCAGCUGCAGCAGCAAAAGCGCGUCGAAGCGGCCGCGCAGCUCAAGCAGGCGGAGAAAGCCCUGACCAGGCGCUCGUUCUUCCGCGGCUCGCCCGACUACCUCUCGGCUGCGCCGCUGCUGGACAAAGCGGGGGAACUCUUUCGACUCGGCAGUGACUGGGAAGCCAGUAAAGACGCGUUUCGGCGCUUUGCAGACGCGCAACAGCACAACCAAGUGCCGUUUCGGCUGCUCAGGCGUGGGAAAAUGUAG